AUGUACAAACAGCUAAUCCGACUAAUACUCAGCACGGGCCUGUCCUCGAACCAAGGACCCGUCGACGACGAUUUCUUCAAUGAACCCUCGACAAUGAGAGUUCGCCUGACGGCCGCGAACGCCAAAGAAGAGCCUCCCGUAGCCGACGCCUCGGUAACAGCGACUGCCGGUACUACUACGUACCAAACCAUUGCGCGGGGUAUGCCUGGCGCGAAGGUCCAUUAUGCUGCUGCUAGUGCCUGA